CUUCGUAGCAAAUUCACGAUGUAGAGCCCCAACAACGCCUCGUCUUCUCCCUGCACUGACAUAUAAAUCUCCCCUACUCUUCCCAGCCCUUCACUCACAAGGAGACGACGACAGGGGGAUGGUAUUGCUCCAGGAUUAAUGCCUGGUCUUCUCAUCGUCAUCCUGUGGAUCUUCUGCACGGUCGUAGUUCUCUCCAUCUCCUGGUCCGUCCUCAAAGCCGUAUGCGAUGGUUUGCCCGACAACCGGACUGCAACCUCCACCAUCACCACCACCACGGCAGCCGUCGCCUCAAUCGCAGCCGCGGCCCCUAACGCCAGCGGGAUCAUGACAGCGGGAGCCGCCGCCGCCGCCCCCCGAGAUGUCCUCUCGGUGCUGCCGGUCUUCGUCUACUCCACGGCUCAGAAGAAGAAGCUGAGCUGCUCUGUGUGCCUGAUGGACUUCAAGGAGGGGGAGAAGGGGCGGUUUCUCCCCAGGUGCUUCCACUGCUUCCAUGUGGAUUGCAUAGACAUGUGGCUGACUUCUCAUUCCGACUGCCCCGUCUGCCGCGCCUCCGUCGACCCCGAAGCUCCAGAGCUUGCCGUCUGAUCUUUCCUACUCUGCUCGCUUGUAUACAGCUGUAAAUAGACAUCCUCUAUUUGCCGAUCACUGUAAUCGGUGAUGAUGGGAUCCAUCACCUCUGUUAAAUUCGAGGUUUGUUUUCUCAAAAGAAAAAAAAAAUCCUGAGGUUGGAGUC